AUGGUACGGAUUCGGCCACUCAAACAGCAAAUGGCCGGACCUCGUCAGAGAAUGAAUGGCAAUCCUGUGGAUUCGGCUUCGAUAACGUGUUUUGUUCUUGAGAUGGGCAAGCUGCGGUUACCUUGCAUUAUCGGGGUCGCGGGUGGGCCUGCAUCCGGAAAAUCCCUUGUAACGGAAAAGAUAAUGGAAAGGCUCGAGACUUUGAAUCAAGGCAAAAACAAACAGGUCAUCACUAUUCCACUGGAGUCUUUUUACAAAGAACUUAAUGAAGAGCAACGAGCCAGAGCCGCUGUUGGGGAGUUCGACUUCGACCAUCCUUCCGCUUUCGACUUCGACAAGUUGACUGAGACGAUAUCCCAACUAGAAGAAGGGGAAGCUGUCACAAUUCCGAAGUACGAUUUCUUGACCAGCACCAGGAAAGGAACAUUACACCUGGAGCCCGCUGAUGUUAUUAUCGUAGAGGGUAUUCUUAUCUUCUACGACGUCCGCUUGAGAAAUAAGUUUGCUAUGAAGCUUUUUGUCGACGCUGAUGCGGAUAUACGUCUGGCUCGACGAGUGCGACGUGACACUGUGGAAAGGAAGAGGCCUUUAUCCAUUGUAUUAGGUCAAUACACGAAGAAGGUAAAGCCUGCUUUUGAAGAGUUUUGUUUGCCAACGAAAAAAUGGGCAGAUGUCAUAAUUCCUCGAGGUGGCGAAAAUGAUGUAGCCAUUGAUCUUCUCGUUCAGCAUAUCCAGGAUCUUCUUCGUACCCCGAGAGCCAGUCCAGAGCGUACAAGGCCUGCUGAGGAUGCAGUCGAUGGGAAGUACAGGGUGUAUGGACUUCAUUAGUAUUGUGAUAAUUGAUUUGGAUCUGCUGUUGGUUGUUACACUGAUGUUGAUUUGUUUUUUUCGUAUUCAUUUGUGAUUUUAUGUUUUUGAAAGUUGUUGGCUUUUCUUACUUCAAAUGUUUGCCAUUUUCAAACUGACCGGUUUUUUCUUGCAUUAACGCUAAUUGAAGAUAAACUUUGAAUACGAG